AUGAGAAACUCGCGCGCUGUCGGACGAGACGAGCUUUUCGACCAAUUGGUCAAAGUUCGCGACAAUAUUGAACCGUCUUUGCGCAGAGACAUCAUGAAUCCUACCGAGACGACAACUUUGACUGACUUCCUCGGCUACUUGGACCUAAAGUUCCUGGACUGGCAAGAUCAAGUCGUUUCCCGACAGCAACGCUUCAACACACGUAUGCCUCCCCAAACCCUUAAUAGGACGCAGCCCCAGCCCCGUGGGAGAAUCCCGAUGCAACGAACGCAACACUGGACCAGUCAUCGUUUCGAGGCUAACCGAGAUCAGCGACCUAAUGUUCAAGACACAAACCAAGGCCAGAAUCAAACACCGCCAAAGCCAUGGAACCGUCAUCAGACGCAGAGGAGAUGGCAAGGACAGUCAUAG